AUGUACACAAACGGUGACUAUCCUUUCAAGUUCGGAACCUACAUGGGCUGUGAUGCCAUGGGAAACCGCUACUACGAAAACCGUAUCGACUACCCUUUUGGACAGCAUCGAUGGGUCGAACCCGCAAAUAUCCACGACUUCGAUUCAACCCACAUACCCCCGGAAUGGCACGGAUGGAUGGUCUCUAUGAACGACGCGACCCCUUCUUUGGAGCAAGAAUAUAUUGAUAAGAUGUCUAAACACACUAUCAAAGGUGAAAUUUCUCACGCCCCUUAUCAAAGCAAUAUUGGACAUCAAGAGCCCUACUUUAAUUUUAACGGUAUGCACAAUCAGUCACAAAUUCGCUCUCGCGGAUACGGAAUUGGUAAUCACGUGGUAGGUCUGCCUCCAGGCGCUCCAGAUGCGUAUUACACGCAGCCCGGCAGUCCGUACAACGAGGCAUCGAUUCGCAAAUUUGAAAUGCAAGGCAAGUUGGACGAAAAGCGCGCCUACAAGAGCGAAAUGUGGAGACAACGCUUGAUGACGGUAGCAGAAAAGGCGGCUAUUGAGCAAAGUGAGAAAGAUGAAUGGACCAAGCCGUUCGAAGUGGCCAAGACUGCCAAGAGGCUUUCUCUCCGCGAGCAGGCGAUCCUUGCUCGUGGCGGAACUCUUUCGAAGUAG